AUGAACGCCGACCAGUUUACAAAACCGGCAAAGCUCGAAUUCGAAGGCAAAGUCGCCGAGAACUACAGACGAUUUCGUCAACAGUUUGAAAUAUACAUGUCUGCUACAGGAUUCGACGCGACAAACGUCCCGAAAAAGAAACAAGCUGCAAUCCUGUUGAACAUAGCUGGCGAAGAAGCUAUAGAAGUAUUCAAUACAUUUACAUUCGCAGAAGAUGAAGAUAAAGACGACCCUGAAGAUAUACUGGCGAAAUUUCAGAAUUACUGUGAGCCAAAGAAGAACAUUACUUAUGAAAGACAUAUAUUCAAUACGCGAGUGCAACAACAAACUCAAUCGUUCGAUGCGUAUUUAACAGAGCUACGUGUCCAAGCUAAGAAAUGUACUUAUGGUACGCUUCAAGACGAACUAAUAACUUCAAACCGUCAUGGCGUGUGGACGUGUGAAAAUUUGCUCAACGUUUAUGCUUGCAAUUUUGACUGCUCUGUUGUUGUAUCUCCGCGUCAACUACAGGAGAGAAUUUAAAUAUUAUCCAGCUGAUACUUCAGCAUCAUAUUUUCCUCUUGGUAGAUUUCCUGCAAUGUCCUGGCGAUAUUUUAAACCAAUUUUAAUCAAGCCCACAACGAAUGGUCGAAAACCAUCAACUCAUUCAUCACGUAGGUUUAACAAUUGGAUUAGUUUUGUCUCGGGCCUCUUAAUGCUGUGUGGCGAUGUUAGUAGCCACCCCGGACCAGCUGUUUCUGCUAAUAUUUUAAAUCAUAAACCGGACAACUCUACUGCUAUCAAGAGUCUCGUAUUGAAUGCACGAAGUCUUAAGAGCCACCACAGACUUAACGAAGGGCAGUCAGGCCGGGGGUUUGAAAACCUGCAUCAGUUUCAACACCUUGUAUAUGCCGAGGAUGCCGAUGUAGUAUACGUGAACGAAACGUGGCUAGCAAACGACAUCAUGGACUCUGAGUUGUUACACUCUGGGUAUAUAAUCCUUCGGAAGGACAGAGAAAAUAAGCGUGGGGGCGGUGUUCUUGUCGCAGUUAAAUCAGAGUCAUUCAGAACCGUCAGAGAAUAUAUUACACCCUUAUCCUCUGACUUGGAAAUCGUCUGUGCGGGAGCAGUAACGAAAUCAAAUAGGAAAUUUGUGUUUUGUUCUUGUUAUAGACCUCCAAAUGCGGACAGAAAUUGGGUGGAUCUAUUUGCUAACUUUCUUGACGAAACGUGUAGUGUUUUUGACAAUAUGUUAAUUUGUGGUGACAUUAAUCUACCGAAGAUCCCCUGGGAAUCCCCUGAGUUGAUAGAUGGUGCUAACGAACAGCGGUUUGUUGACACACUUAAUGACCAUUUCCUUACCCAACACAAUACCAUUCCCACUCGCGGGAAUAACGUCUUAGAUAUCGUGAUCUCAAGCGUCCCUGAGGAAGUGACCAUAACAGAAGUGUUAAAACCCGACGAAGCUGAAAUAUUUAGCGAUCACUGCGUAGUCGUUUUCGAACUUGCAAUUUCUAUUAAAGCACUACCGAAGAGUCAGCGUUUCGUUUAUGACUACCGCAAAGGCGACUUUGACGGACUACGAUCUUCCUUACUCGCCAUAAAUAUGUCGAAUAUAAUUUCAGAUGAUAAUUCCGAUAUCAAUAGAGACUGGUGCCACUGGAAAGACGCUUUACUAGCCUGUGCAGAUGAUUAUAUACCUAAAAAAAAAACUAAAGAAAAAUAAUUCGGUACCUUGGAUUAAUGGCCCUAUAAUUGACCUGAUAAAGAAAAAGGAAUCUAUAAGACGAAAAUUAAAACGAUUUCCAUCGAGCAAUUUAAGAAAUAAGUUUAAAGACUUACGCUCAGAGAUUAAACGCAGAAUGCGCGAAAGCCGCGAUUCAUUCUUUGUAGCGAUCGAGCCUGAACUGAGAUCCAACCCAAAACGCUUUUGGUCCAUUCUAAAAAUAAAAUCCAAACAUCGAAAUAUUCCUGAAACUGUAUCCAUGGCAACUGGCCUCUGUGAACCCGCCGUCGUCGCAAACCUGAGACAUUAUGCCGACACUCCAGAUAAGAUCGUUAAUUUAUUUAAUCGGUAUUUCGCAUCGGUUUUUAUCCCUCUCACAGACACCAUUUUGACCAGCGAAAGCUCUGACCGCAAUACAACAGGUGAUCCAAUUUUAUCGGAAGUGACGUUUACCACCACAGAAGUCUUGGAUAUACUAUGCAAUCUUGACACUAGUAAGGCCACCGGACCUGAUGAAAUCCCUGCAAGAAUUUUAAAAGAGACAGCUCAUGAAAUCGCGCCAUCUCUUUGCGAAUUAUUCAAUAAAUCGCUAAGAUUGGGUGUCUUCCCGGCGGAUUGGAAGUCAGCUAAUGUGGUCCCAGUAUUCAAGAAAGGGAACAAAGAGCAUGCCGAGAACUAUAGACCAAUCUCGUUAUUAUCAAUAGUGUCAAAAGUGAUGGAACGUUGUCUCUUUAACUCAAUUAAAGAUUAUGUUAUUGGCUUGAUUUCUGAAUGCCAACAUGGUUUUAUCGCUGGUCGUUCGUGUGUGACACAGUUAGUUGAUGUGCUUGAUUAUAUUGGGGCCCAGCUCGAUAAUGGUGGCCAGGUCGACACAGUCUACCUUGACAUGUCGAAAGCUUUCGACAAAGUCAGUCAUCCAAAGCUGCUUAAACGACUGCGUGAUCUAGGGUUUGGUGGGAGGCUGCUGAAUUGGUUUGAGUCUUAUUUAGGCAACCGCCUUCAGAAAGUUACUGCUCUAGGCGUGUCAUCUCAGACACUGCAAGUCACAUCAGGCGUACCGCAAGGUUCAAUUCUAGGACCAGUUUUGUUCCUCUUAUAUGUUAACACUCUACCUGACGCUGUGCAUUCAGCAGAAAUAGCAAC